ACAGGACGCACCUUUCAAACGCGUGCGCGCUCAAGAGACUGUCUACACUCGUGAUGCUCUUGUUGGAAGGCCAUGUCGAUCAAACCACAUGGACACGGCACGACUGGAGCUCUGGCACCAAUGCGUCGCUUUUCAUGGAGGCGCUGGCGUGGCCGUGAGCAUGGAGCUGGGAGAUGGCGGGUCCGCGCUGUGAGGUGGGGGCAUAAAUGUUGUUCAAGGUUGCUGGCCGACGACCUCUGCCUGCACGACCCCACCGGCCACCGAAGGCUUUCGCGAUACACGCACCGCACCACGCCCCUGCGCCAUAACGAUAUUUGGGCUGAAGAGAGAGAAAGGGGGGCUGCAACGUGUACAAGUUGCUCAUUCCAUGCCUUCCCGAAGGGAUGGACAACAAAGAACGCAAGGCAUCGUGGUGGAAUGGCAAUGCCACGACCACCUCAUGAGGCUCACAAACGAGUUUAAGGUAAAGUCAGUGUCGGCAAUUGCCCCUCCCCCUGUUCGGACAUGGUGGAAGGUCAAUGGCCCCACCGCCACCACAAGCACGGCAACUACAAUAUGUCGUCCAUGCUCUUCCAAGUGGUUCGGGGUGUGACGAGGUCUUUGCACCUACCGCAGCAACUCGUUCGCCACGGCCG